AUCGAUCGAGCAAUAAUCAAUUGAUUUCGAGAGAUCGACUCAAUAAUUUCGCGAAUUUAUAUAUUCACUUAGAUUGGUUAACCGGUUUUCUAUUGGACACUGAGUAGAGUAGAGUGCCCCUUCGUGUAGCGACGAGUGCAGUGUCACGAUUUUUUCAUUUUAAUCUUUCUUGAGCAAGAGAGACAGAGAAAAAGAGAAAAAGAGAUAAGGAAGUGUGUUCUCGGUUGUAUUGGUUGAGAAACACUGUCAGAGUGAGACCGAGCUUUACGAGUAAGCUUUACGAGAGGAAGAGAAGGAUCAUCGCUGUUACUCUCGUAGAAAGUUUCAUUUAUGAAAGUCUCUUGACGUUAUUAACAAUCUCUAAUACGUAUUAUUUAGACGGCACGAUCGGUCCGCUACGGUAUCGCGAUACUUUCCUUGAGGAUCACUGUGACGUUAAAAAAAAAAGAAAAAAAAUCCAUUUAUCUUUUAAAAUAAGAAAUAAUAAUAUUUGUAAUAUACGAUCGACACCAUCGUAACUAUCGAAAGGUUUGCAUAAAAAUGUCGCAUUAAGAAAGCCGCGAUCGAUCAUCGACAUUCGUUCGAGGUACGCGUAUCAAAAAAUUUCUCUCGUCAAUUAACUACUAGUUGAAACUUUCUACGUUGAGUGUCGAAAACAAAGUAGAAUAUUCUUCGACAUUUAAAUCGACGUUAAAUGAAUGAGUAACGAGUCACGUGAAUUGCGGAAAUCGAACGUGAUUCUACGUACGUGAAUCGUUUUCCUUAAUUAUCGAUAUCGGAGCAGUGUGUAAUAUUUUUUUUCGCGAAGGCCACGCGGGGUUUAAUUUGUAAGGAAAAGAAAAAAGGAAAAACGGUGGUUGAGAAAAUGAAGUUCACGUGGACGUUGUGCGGUUUGUUGCUGAUCUCCGGUUUUGUUGCUUCCAAUCCAAUAGUAAAAAGAGAUGCCGAAAACGAUCUGAGCCCUUUGAACGAAGUAUACGUAUUCGAGGCUGAUGACGAUCAAAGAGUUGACGAUGAGAGAACCGACAGAGACAAGAGAAAAAUUGGUAUUGUCAAAUUGGGAGUGUCGAAUGGCGUUAUCAACUUUGUUUUUGGUAAAUUAGAUGCCUUCCUGGAUGCUAAAACAAAAGCGUUGGCGGUAUUGGACGAGUCUAAUAAAGCUAAGAACGCAGCUUUUGGUAUAGACAAUAGUCAAUCGGCUACCAGUCAAUUUAUCGGCAAUCUCGUCUCGCAGAAGAUCCAAGCUGGUACGGCCAGUAUUGGUCCGGUGAUAAGCAGUGCCUCGACAUUUUUUAACAGUGCAAAGAGUGGAUUGACCAAUGCGUUCGUUUCGAAAUUGGCGCCAUUGAGUUCUAUCGCCGGUGGUCUUAGUGGUGGAGGUGAUGUCAGCGUUGGAGGAGGAGUCAGUGCAGAUAGUGGCGCUUCUAGUGCAGCAACAUCUCAAUUACUGGGUAACUUGCUCUCUUCGAAAUUAGGAGUUAUAUCAAACCUGAGCUCCGCUAGUAAUAGUGGAACUUCCGGUUCUUCGAACGGAAAUGGAGCCAGUGGAGCCGGUGCCGCUGCUGGAAUUAAUCUUGGAGCAUUCGCCAAUCUUGGAGGGAAGAUCGAAAGCGGUUCUACAACGACGACAACGGAGGAAAAUAUUCCAAUGUUCGAUAGACAAAAAGUAUCCUUGGAUAUACCGCCACCUGUGUUUGGUUCUGGCUUCACUUUGAUCACAAACAUCAGUAAAAUUCUCAGCAAUAUUAUUCUUAAUUCAGCCCGUCGAACACAGACGCUCUUAGAAAUCUUCAAGCCCUUCUUUCGAGGUGUCUUUGCUAUAAAGGGUUUACCAUCGGAUAAUCCACACUAAUGAAGUUCUUCAUUAAACACGUUGGUGCAUCGUAGAAUCCUGAGAGAAAAAAUUCAAGAUUCGUGAUCGAUUUGCCAUCUCAAAGUAAUUUAGUCGGCUCGAGUACUAUUAUUUCUUCGAUCGAUUUGAUCGUAUCGAUCACAUCGAUCCAAUUUUUUUAUUAUUUUAUGACAUCAUUCGAAUAGGAAUAUAUUUGCAAUGGAAAUUUUACGACCAUGAAAAUCAUUUAAAAAGAGAUAGGCGGAAAAAAAAGUAACAGGAAUAAUAUUUUAAUAAUCUUAUCAUAUUUAUAUAUUAAUAAUAUUAAAAUAUAUAUAUGUAUAUAUAUAUGUGUGUGUAUAUAUAUAUAAAUUUGGGUACAAACAGUAAGCUUCCUAAUAUGAUGCCAUAAAGUGUUGAACGAAUGACGAUGCAAUAUUUUUUGUUAUUAUUAUUGUUAUAAUAAACGAUUUUACAAUAGAGAAGUCACUAACGAUCGUUGAAAUGUUUUAUAACUAAAUACAUACAUACGUUAUAUAUAUGUGUAUGUAUGUAUAUAUAUAUAAAUAUACAUACACAUACAUACAGGUAUAUAAAGACGAGAAAUCCGUAAAUAAAGGAUAAUGACUUCUCUCAAAUAAAAUCGAUUUAUAAUAAUGUAGGAAGUACCAAAAAGGACAGUACGAGUUAUAGUAUUGUCCAAUUUUCUUUUAUAUUCUUCAGAAAUAAAAUCGAAUAAGGUCUUAGUUUUUAUUAGAACAAACCAACCGAUAGUUUUUUAAGUCUUAACGCUUAACUACGAUAACGAUACUAUAUAUGUAUAUAAACGAUAUGUAGUAUUAUUACGUAAGAUCGUAAGUUAAUCAUUUAGAAGGUACAUUAUAUUACUUUCCUUUUCGCGUGACCACGUAAUGCGGUGAACACGCAUACGAAAAUUCCUUGCAUGUCCAGAUUCAAUCUGACAAUAAUACCUUAGGAUACUAAAAUUGUAUCGAUAUAUUUCAUAGAGUCAACUAGAAUUAUUGGUUCUUACUAUAAUAACAGUACACUCGUCAUGUUACUCGAAUUUCAAGCGAAGAUAAGAGAAAAAAGAUGAUAUUUUAUUUUGUAAAUAAAAUAA